AGCCGCGGUGACGUCGUCAGAGGAAGAGGAGGAGGUUUGUGUUGCCAGCCUGGCUGUGAGGAUCGCUGAGACGAGUCUGCGCUGAAGCUGAAGCUGUUCUCGGGCACAAACUCGGUAAGAGCAGAAACCCUCGGUCCUCACCGGAAGCUGACAGAGGUGACGGUUCCGGUUAUCCAGAAACUUCUACGGUUCCGACUCUUUACUCUGACCUGAACAGAGACAGUCUGUCUGCCAGCGAGACUGCGCACAGGUGAGCCCAGCACAGGUACGAUGGCGCUCUGUGGGUGGUGGUUAAUCCACUUCCUCAUCUUCACUUCUUGCUCAGCUCACGACUUCUUCACCUCCAUCGGUCACAUGACGGACCUGCUGUUCACGGAGAAGGACCUGGUCACCUCCCUGAAGGACUACAUCCGAGCGGAGGAGAGCAAACUGGAGCAGAUCAAAAAGUGGGCAGACAAACUGGACGUCCUCUCGGCAGCUGCCACUCAGGACCCCGAAGGCUUCCUGGGUCACCCGGUGAACGCCUUCAAGCUGAUGAAGAGGCUGAACACGGAGUGGGGGGAGCUGGAGAGCCUGGUGCUCACCGACGUGUCUGAUGUGUUCAUCUCCAACCUCACCAUCCAGAGGCAGUACUUCCCCAACGACGACGACCAGACCGGCGCGGCCAAAGCUCUGAUGAGACUGCAGGACACCUACCAGCUGGACACCAACGCCAUCUCCACCGGAGAGCUCCCAGGAUCGUCCUCCACCUCCUCCGCCUGGAGCACUCUGACCGUGGAUGACUGCUACGACCUCGGGAAGGUGGUGUACUCGGAGGCGGAUUACUACCACACCGAGCUGUGGAUGGCUCAGGCCCUGAGGCAGCUGGACCAGGGCGAGACGUCCCGCGCCGUGGACGCCGUCACCGUCCUCGACUACCUGAGCUACUCCGUGUACCAGCAGGGGGAGCUGGAGAGAGCGCUGGAGUUCACCAGGAGGCUGCUGGACCUGGAUCCGACACACCAGCGAGCCAACGGGAACCUGAAAUACUUUGAGUACCAGCUGGCCAAACAGAAGAAGGUGGAGAAGGUGGAGGAGAAGGAGGAGGAAAGCAAGGUGAGGCAGAGGAGGGAGAGCAAAGACGACUACCUGCCUGAGAGGAAGAAGUACGAGCAGCUGUGUCGCGGCCAAGGCAUCAAGCUGACUCCCCGCAGGCAGAGCCGCCUCUUCUGCCGCUACUAUGACAACAACCGGCACCCGCGGUACGUGAUUGGCCCGGUGCAGCAGGAGGACGAGUGGGACAGCCCGCACAUCGUGCGCUACCACAACAUCGUGUCAGAGAAAGACAUGGAGAAGGUGAAAGAGCUGGCCAAGCCCAGGCUCCGUCGAGCCACCAUCUCUAAUCCCGUCACCGGCGUGCUGGAGACGGCCCACUACCGCAUCAGUAAGAGCGCCUGGCUCGGAGCGUACGAGCAUCCCGUGGUGGACAAAAUCAACCAGCUGAUCGAGGACGUCACGGGGCUGAACGUGAAGACGGCCGAGGACCUGCAGGUGGCUAACUACGGCCUGGGGGGACAGUACGAGCCGCACUUCGACUUCGGACGGAAAGACGAACCGGACGCAUUCGAGGAGCUGGGCACGGGCAACCGGAUCGCCACGUGGCUGCUUUACAUGACCGACGUGCAGGCAGGGGGCGCCACCGUCUUCACUGACAUCGGAGCUGCUGUGAAACCCAAAAAGGGGACAGCGGUGUUCUGGUACAACCUGUAUCCAAGCGGAGAAGGAGACUAUCGGACCCGACACGCCGCCUGCCCCGUGCUGCUGGGAAACAAGUGGGUAUCGAACAAAUGGAUCCACGAGCGAGGGCAGGAGUUCAGGCGGCGCUGCAGCCUCAACGAGACCGACUGACGACCGACCUUCCUCCUCCAGCUCAGCCGUCUUCCUCCUCUGCUUCCUGCCUGCAGGCGCAGAGUGUGACUGCACAUGUGAUCCAACACGCUUAUUUUUCUCUACAGCGUGUGUGUGUGUGUGUGUGUGUGUGUGUGUGUUUGACUCAUUUCUCCUUUAACGAGAAUCACGCUGACGUUCAGACGUCCGUACCUGUCCAGGUGUUCAGCCUGAGAGCUAAAACUUCUCGAGAACAAAGAACGCUGCACGAGAGGUUCGUUUAAAGACGAAUAAAGUUUUUUGGGGGUUUUUGGAUCCAGAAUGUUUGAAAUCUCGUGAGCUUUGACUUAAAAGCAGAAAAUCUGAUUGAUUUAAUUCUGUUCCAUCGACGGUUCUGCCCAUUAAACCAGCGAGUGGAACGAAGGAGCGCUAAAUGUGACAAAUUUUGAAUGGAGUUUGGCCCGAGGUCGCUAACAUGAGUCGAGUCAGACGCUACAGACCGAGAAACGCUCCGUCACCCGUGUCACUCCCUGACCUUCACGACUGUUACAAAGACGGCGAGGAAUCAGAUUACUCUCGUCAUCACGGGAAUCAACCAGAAGCAAGAACCGAUCGAAUCUGAACGACGAUCGAUCGUGUGGUUCUGUGAGACAAUCAUAGCUGAAACUGAGCUGCGUAUUUAUUGAUUUCUGACAGGAUUCGUGUGAACGCCUCUUCACUGUUUUUCAUCUGCGUUUUAAAAAUUCCUCGUUUAAAAGUUUUAAAAUGUUUGCACCUUCUUUUUUCUGUUUCCUGUUUCUUUUUGAAGUCUGAAACGUGUCGCCGAGUUCCUGCUCCUGAUCUGAUUCAUGUCACCUCAGCCGUGACAAAGUGGGUUUUAUUUUGGAAACUCUUCCACGCUUCAGCUGCCAUGCUUUUAUUCUGAAAAGCAGAACAUCUGAGGCUCUUUGAUUUACAAAUUCAGUCCAAGUGGAUUUUUCUGCGCUGUCCACCCGUCGUCAUGGUUACACCUCCGUUUCCACCAAUAGCGUGAGCGUUCGAGGAGGUUUAACCGUAAGGUCGUUCAGAUGCUGCAGGUCAAACUCCAGAUAAGCAAAGCACGCCGCCUCCUCUUAACCCUGUUAGCUUAUUUCUGAGCGCAGUUACUAAUUUCUGCUCCACGCCGUUUCCGUGACAACCCUCACUCCUGUUUGUGUGUGUCUGUUGUGUGUUGGAUGAUGUCCUGUGCAGUGACCUGAUGUAAGACACGUUUCUUAUCAGAAUAAAAUGCUGCUGCAACCCAGGAGAAGUAAGAAAA